ACCACGCCCACAAUGCAUCGCGCGGCGGGCCAAGAUGGCGGCGGCACCGUCGUGGCUGCUGCUGCUGCGGCUGCUGCUCCGCCUGCUGCGUCCGGGCGCUGGAUUAUCAGCAUGUGGGAAAUAGAGGUCAAAUGACACAUUCAUGAUGCCAGCACGCGUCUGCUGCUGCUGCGCGGCCCUGCGCCCGCGAUACAAGCGCCUGGUGGACAACAUAUUCCCCGAGGACCCCAAAGAUGGCCUGGUCAAGUCCGACAUGGAGAAGCUGACCUUCUACGCGGUCUCCGCCCCGGAGAAGCUGGACCGCAUUGGCGCCGACCUGGCGGAAAGGCUGAGCCGGGAUGUCAUCCGCCAUCGCUACGGGUACGUCUUCAUUGCGAUGGAAGCCCUGGACCAGCUUCUCAUGGCCUGCCACUCGCAGAGCAUCAAGCCCUUCGUGGAGAGCUUCCUGCACAUGGUGGCCAAACUCCUGGAGUCCGGAGACCCCAAACUGCAAGUCCUGGGAACCAACUCUUUUGUGAAGUUUGCAAACAUUGAGGAGGACACUCCUUCCUAUCACCGUCGCUACGACUUCUUUGUGUCCCGCUUCAGUGCCAUGUGUCACUCCUGCCACGACGACCCGGAAAUACGGAAUGAAAUCCGGAUCGCCGGCAUCAGGGGCAUUCAAGGAGUUGUCCGUAAGACGGUGAAUGAUGAGCUCAGAGCCACCAUCUGGGAGCCUCAGCACAUGGACAAGAUUGUCCCUUCCCUGCUUUUCAACAUGCAGAAGACGGAAGACCUAGAUGGCCGAAUUGGACCGCCCGCCUCUCCUUCCGGUGAGAAAGAGGAGAACCCUGCUGUCUUGGCUGAGAACUGCUUCCGAGAACUGCUGGGCCGUGCAACCUACGGGAACAUGAGCAACGCUGUCAGGCCCGUCUUUGCGCAUUUAGGCCAUCACAAACUCUGGGACCCGAAUGAAUUUGCCGUCCACUGCUUCAAGGUCAUCAUGUACUCCAUCCAAGCCCAAUACUCACACAACGUGAUACAGGAGAUCCUGGCACACCUGGACAGCUGCAGGCGAGAUUCUCCCCGCGUCCGAGCUGGGAUCAUCCAGGUCCUACUGGAGGCCGUGGCCAUCGCAGCCAAAGGAUCCAUCGGGCCCACCGUCCUGGAGGUUUUCAACACCCUGCUGAAACACCUGAGCCUCAGUGUGGACUUUGAACUGGGCAGCGGGAGGGACCUUCACGGCAGCGCUGCCCCCACCGCCCCCUCCAAGGAGAACGACGAGCGCAUCGUCCAGAACGCCAUCAUCCAGACCAUCGGUUUCUUCGGAAGCAACCUGCCCGAUUACCAGCGGUCGGAGAUCAUGAUGUUUAUCAUGGGGAAAGUCCCCGUCUUUGGGGUGACCUCCCAGACCUUGGACACCAGCGAGCUUGGGGAUUUGGGAACCCGGAGGAUCCAAAUCAUGCUGCUGAGGUCAUUGCUGAUGGUGACCUCCGGCUACAACGCAAAGAGCAUCGCCUCGGUGCUCUCGGCGCCCUUCCUGGACCCCCUGCUCUCCACCUCCCUCAUGGAGGACUGCGAACUGCGCCAGCUAGUCCUGGAGAUCCUGCACAAUCUCAUUGACCGGCACGACAACAGAGCCAAACUUCGAGGGAUCAGAAUCAUCCCGGACGUCUCCGAUCUGAAGAUCAAGCGAGACAAAAUUUCACGGCAAGAUGUCAGUUUUAUGAAGAAGCACGGCCAGCAGCUGUACCGCCACGUCUACUUGGGCUGCAAAGAAGACGACAACGUGCACAAGAACUUUGAGCUGCUCUACACCUCGCUGGCUCUGAUCACCAUCGAGCUGGCCAACGAGGAAGUGGUCACGGACCUCAUCCGCCUGGCCAUCGCCCUGCAGGACAUUGCCAUUCUCAACGAGGACAACUUACCCAUGUUCCACCGGUGCAGCAUCAUGGGGCUGGUUGCCGCGUACCUCAACUUCCUGAGCCAGAUGAUCGCGGUCCCGGCUUUCUGCCAGCAUGUCAGCAAGGUGAUUGAAAUCAGAACAGUGGAAGCGCCCUACUUCCUGCCGGAAACUCACCUCCGAGAGAAGUGCAGCAUUCCCCCGAACUUUGGUAAGGACGACAAGAGCCUGUUCUUCCUGACUCACAAGAUUGUGGAGUCCUUAGGAGGCAGCGGCUACAGCGUGGAACGGCUGUCGGUGCCGUACGUGCCCCAGGUGACAGACGAGGAUCGGCUGUCACGAAGGAAGAGUAUUGUGGACACUGUGUCUAUUCAGGUGGACAUCCUUCCUGGAACUGGUGCAGAAGAUAAGGUCAACAGCACAGAGGAGAUAACUUUUGAAGCACUGAAGAAGGCGAUAGAUAAUACCGGCCUUGAAGAGCAGGAGAAGGAGAAGAGGCGUCUUGUUAUUGAGAAGUUUCAGAAAGCUCCCUUUGAAGAGAUCGCAGCGCAGUGUGAGACCAAGGCAAACCUCCUCCACGACCGACUGGCUCAGAUCUUGGAGCUCACCAUUCGACCCCCGCCCAGUCCUUCAGGAACCCUGACCAUCACGGCCGGCUGCCCCCAUUACCAAUCGGUUCCCGUCUAUGAGAUGAAGUUUCCGGAUCUUUGUGUGUAUUGAGGGUCUUCAGGCCCUUGCUGGGAAUUAUUUUAGUCUUAGAGCAGACACCGUGUAAAGCCCAGGAGGUCCUCGCUCUCUUCAUUCACUCUUUUGCCACAUUUCAAAAGCGGCCACGAAGUGCAGUUAGGCUGGGAUUGUACCUGAAACACUUUAAUUUUGUACAUGUUCUUUUUGAAGUUGUGAAGAAAAGCGGAAGACGAUUUAUUUUUGGGCAACUUUGUUUUUAUGGUUUGGACGUAAGAGAGUGCUUAGGCAGAUCAUUCCACUUUGUCUAGAAGUUACAAUGCUAACUAUCAAAAUUCUGGGCUGGCUUUUGUUUACUAUCAAACCUUUUGCGUCAACGUAACUCUCGAGCACCUUCAGCGAUACGAUAAGUGGGCCCUUUGCUAUCAUUAACUAAAGGAUGAUGCUAAAUACUAGGCCACAUUGAAGAACUGGCACACAGCAGUUAAAUCUAACCCUAGGUUUGCUUUCUCCAAAUUCUGUGCUUCUGCAAAAUAGUUCUCACAUGCACUGUUCUGAUAAAAAAGGAAAGCCUCAUUUUGAGCUUUAAAGCCUGCAGUAUUUUUUCACCUUAACAAAAAUGUCUAGUCUAGAGCCCAUACUUUGGGGGGGAAAGUGUAUUUUUGCUGCACAGCGGUAUAUAGAGGAUAUAAAUAUAUAUAUAUAUAUAUAUUUAGUAUAGCACAAGAUAUUAAGGGCAUUUUAAAACGAGAGGGUUUUUAAAGACACAUUUCUGAAAUUGUAAUAGAAGAGUUGGUUAUCCUACGAACUGUUUCUCUCUGUAAUAUAGCGGUAAUGGUGAUAUUUUAUUAAGAACAAAAAAUAUGGACCGAGCCCCUAGGCAACUUGGAAUUUUUAUUGUAAAGUAUACAUUCCCCUUCCUUCUUUUCCAUCUGCCUUCUCUCUCCUCAAAGGCCUCCAGGUCAUUCACACCCAUUGCACAAAGGGGUAGAUUUUAAAUGUUUAGCCUGUCCUACAACUAACUCCAAAAGCUCAAUAAGCAGCUGGCGAGCUUUGUUAAUUUAACAUAUCGUAUAGUUGCCAGUUUGCUGAGGGGGGGGGUGGCCCAGGGACACGAAUCGGGGAGAAGGAAAGUCCUAGGAAUUUUACACUUUUUAAAUUUUUGGGCCAGCCUAUUAAAAGAGCCAAACUCCGGACGUGCUCACUGUAACCGAGCCCUUUUUUUCAGUUUGACAGCGCAAUCACAGCUCUUAGUGGAGGACGAAACCGCCUCUCGGGUGCAGCAUCCCGCUGUGAUUGCAGCUGCUCCGGCCUGCUCCGACGAGAGGCAGCGCCCCUCGCAGGACGCCCGGGGCCCCCUCCCUUGGCACCCUUAGCGCCCCCUUUUUGGUUUUGGAAGGUAAGCUGUAUGGGCGUCUGAUGUCAUGCGAGGGGGUGUCUUCCCGAAGAGCCAAAAAAAAAAGCCAAAGGAAGGCCUUCCUCCACACCCGUCUUUCUCCAAAGUGUGGCUGCUUACGCGCCAGCCCCGAAGGGUAGGCCAAACGCGCUGCCGUGAGUCACCCCAUGCAGUCUGUGACCGUCGGUCCUGCUGUCCGUCCAGCCGCUUCGCCCCACUGCUCUGCAUGCAACAGACGCCUGGCCUUCCAUGCCUCACCUGCUGGGCUGCCUCUCCAUCUUUUGUUGUUGUAUUAUUCCACAGUGGAACUCCCGACAUUUCCACAUUCUUGUGGUUCUUGUGUAGCCUUGAGUGGGGCGGGGGGGGGGGAAACGGGAGUGGUGGGCUUUUGAGGACAGGCUGCCUCCUGGGUCUGCAAGCACUCCUCGCCUGGUGCGUUGCGCUGGCCUGGAGAAGCGCAGUCUGCCGGGGAGACCGUGGCCCAGGAAGCUCACGGAGCCACGUUGUGGAUUCUGUAACGAUUCCUCGCACUCCGGAAGGCCUGCGUACUUGAUCACCCGUGCUCGUGGCUGUGUCGGUAUCGUUCGAAUGUUUUUGUCACUCUGGAAGUCCUGCCGGUAGUUGUAGGCAGACCCGCCUGUCCCUAAGCAUUUCAGCUGUUCUAUUUGGAAGACUGUAUAGCUUUCCGUUGGCAUUUUGUUUUAACGCAACAGUGAAAACUGCAGUACGGCGGAGGACAGCCGCCAACAACCGAAUUGUCUCUCUCACCGAUGCUUGAGUAGAUUUCUGCGCUCUCCGUACGAGCUGUUUGGUUAAAUGUAAGAACACUGUGCAAAUCCACUUGUAAGCAAUAAAAUUUACACAAAGGACAAAU